AUGCGGAAUAUAAACGGCAACCACCAUAUUUCAAAGACAUAUUCAACAAGUUCUGGGAGACGAUACUUCUCCCCUUCCUCCUCCCUCGUAACAAGACUUGACUCCCCUUCCUUCUCAUUCGUAAUAAGACUUGACUCCCCUUCCUUCUCAUUCGUAACAAGACUUGACUCCCCUUCCUUCUCAUUCGUAACAAGACUUUACUCCCCUUCCUUCUCAUUCGUAACAAGACUUUACUCCCCUUCCUUCUCCUUCGUAACAAAACUUGACUCCCCUUCCUUCUCCCUCGUAACAAGACUUGACUCCCCUUCCUUCUCCCUCGUAACAAGACUUGACUCCCUUUCCUUCUCCUUCGUAACAAGUCUUGACUCCCCUUCCUUCUCCCUCGUAACAAGACUUGACUCCCCUUCCUUCUCCCUCGUAACAAGACUUGACUCCCCUUCCUUCUCCCUCGUAACAAGACUUCUCCCUUCCUCCUCCCUCGUAACAAGACUUGGCUCCCCUUCCUUCUCCUUCGUAACAAGACUUGGCUCCUUCUUUCUCCCUCACUUCUCCACUUCCUUCUCAUUCGUAAUAAGACUUGACUCCCCUUCCUUCUCCUUCGUAACAAGACUUGACUCCCCUUCCUUCUCCCUCGUAACAAGACUUGACUCCCUUUCCUUCUCCUUCGUAACAAGUCUUGACUCCCCUUCCUUCUCCCUCGUAACAAGACUUGACUCCUUUUCCUUCUCCCUCACGCCAUAUUCCCCAAAAUAUAAUCCUCGUCCUGCAAUUGCGGCAUCGGACAAGAGUCUCCCGAAAAACACAAGAAACGAAAAUAAUUCAAUUGCAACCAUGAGGGCCUUUAUGUUAACUGGAUUUAGUGUCAUUCUAACUACGGUGGUUAUAGCUAAUGCUUAUUACCAAAAGAGUCAGUUUUACCCGUCUGUUGUCUACAUUACUAAAUCAAAUGGUAGUAUGGCUAUUCUGUAUAUACAAGCUUUUGUAUUUGUUGUCUUAAUGGGGAAAUUAAUGAGAAAAAUAUUUUUUGGCCAACUACGAGCUGCAGAAAUGGAGCAUCUCAUAGAAAGGUCAUGGUACGCUGUGACAGAAACCUGUCUAGCAUUUACAGUUUUUCGAGAUGAUUUCAAUCCAAGAUUUGUUGCUAUGUUCACCUUACUUUUGUUUUUGAAAUGCUUCCAUUGGCUCGCUGAAGACAGAGUGGAUUAUAUGGAGAGAAGUCCAAUGAUUACAAUUCGGUUCCACGUAAGAGUCAUAUCCUUGAUAAUUGCUCUUGCAAGUGUGGAUGCUUAUUUCAUUAAUCAUGCCUAUUAUAGCACUUUGUUAAGAGGAGCUUCUGUACAGUUGGUAUUUGGAUUUGAGUAUGCAAUUUUGUUGACUGUAGUUUUGAUGACAUUAACCAAAUACGCCCUCCAUGCUAUAGACCUCCAGAGUGAAAAUCCAUGGGAAAACAAGGCAGUUUACCUACUCUAUACAGAAUUAAUUAUGGGCUUGAUAAAAGUACUUUUAUAUGUUUUGUUUAUGGUCAUUGUGAUAAAAGUACACACAUUCCCAUUGUUUGCCAUACGACCAAUGUAUCUUUCAGUCAGGGCUUUCAAAAAAGCAUUGAAUGAUAUCAUUAUGUCCAGGAGAGCAAUACGAAACAUGAACACUUUAUACCCUGAUGCAACAGCUGAGGAACUAUCCUCAGGUGAUAAUGUUUGCAUUAUAUGCAGAGAAGAAAUGCGCCAACAAACUUGUCCAACAUGUCGCAUGGAUGUGUUGCGUAUAACUCGUCCACAACAAACACAACAACAGCAACAGCAGCAGCAGCAAGUACAGCAGCAGCAAAAUGUUCCUCAGCCUCAGCUCCAGCCUCCUCAUCCGCAAUUUCCACACAAUGUAUUAUUUCCUGGAUUUCCUCCUGUACCAAUAUGGGGUCCUGCCAACAUGCCUCCUCCACCCCCACCUCCGCCUGCCUCACAAGCACCUUCUACACCAUCUGGAGCAACUGCUCCUACUUCUAGUGAUUCUACCAAUACAUCAAGUGAGCAAGUUCAGUCUUCAACCAAUCAGGCAUCAACACCUUCUGCUUCAUUGACAGGAGCUGCUCCUAAUAAUAUGCCAUUUCUACCUUUCACACCAUUAACACCUUAUGGUCUUCAUAGUCCCUAUGUUUUGCCUGGACUUUCUGUUGAAGAAUUGGCUACUUUAGAAGGUCAAGAACGAAGUAACAUUGAGGCACGGAUACAGUGGCUUCGUGAUAUUCAAACUCUCUUGGAUGGAGCUAUGGUGCUUAUGCAUCAGUACAACCAAGUUGCUGCUAAUUCAGGAAUUCAAGGUAUUUCUGUUAUGCCGAGAAAUACUGAACUAAGAGAUAUUUCACAAUUGCCUGCAGACAUUUCACCAAGUAACUCACCAAGCAAACCUGCCACGCAACAUCCACAGCAAUCAGCUGAACCCACUUCAAAAGUGUCUGCUAAUGUUUCUGAAGAUUUAGAUUACUCUGGUUUGGAGGGUGCCACUGCCUUUUCUUCCAAUAUCCCAAAAACUGAUUCAGAAGAACCAGAAGCUCAAACUAAAGAUGAGGUCCGCAAGAGGCGUUUGCAGCAUUUUGAGUUACACAAGUAG